UCUUUUGCUAUUUAUAUAAAAUCUUCCAACAAAGGAAAGGAAUCUUCUUAAGGUCCAUAUAUAUAAUAGACAAAUGUCAAAUGGUUUCACAAGAAAAAAUAUCUAAAAUGGCCAUAACUUAAAUUGUUUAUAUAUAUAGUGGUUUUUUUUCUUUCUUAACACUAAUCAUGAAAAUGAAAGAUUUGAAAUUGAAUGAUCACGCGUAAAAAUCCCUUCUGGAUUUGCAAUCUCUUAGAACACAAAUAAAUGGCCUUUAUUUUAGAAUAUUAUUAAGUUUCCUGGUAUUCAUAUUAUUUUCCAAUUAAAUUUUGUGGAGUACAGUUGGGUAAAAGAGUUGAGAUCUCUCUUUGACAUAUGUGAAUCAUAUCUUUGCGUGUCCAUGAUAGAAACUUUAUAAAAAGAGAGAGAAGAUUUAGAAUAUAAUCCAUUGAAUUCAAUUCAUAAUAAAUGGCCAAAUAUAUAUUACUUCAUUUGGAAAAUGUAGCCAUUAAAACGAAGAAAAUGUAAUUAUUUUUCUUCUUAAGAUCACAUUUUUUAAUUUAAGAUCUCAUAAAGUAAUACCAAUGUUCUCUCACAAGUAAAAGAAGAUGAUGAAACCAGUUCCAAAGCUUUGGGUUGUCAUCUCAAGUGCGUUUUUGUUCUGUCUUUUAGUUCUGUUUCAAAUCAAUAAAUUAGAUUUGAUCGGAACAAAUCUCCAAAUCACUCAUCACGUAAACAACUUCUUCAUCUCCAUCGUUGGUUCCUCACAUAAUCAAACCCUAAAUCUCACCAGAAAUGCGAAUGAGAGUGAUGGAAUCAGAGCGAAACAUCCUGAGAAAGAAGAAACAGAUACUUGCGCUGGAAGGUACGUCUAUAUGUACAAUCUUCCAAGCAUAUUCAACGACGACAUAAUCAAAGACUGUCGCCCACUCAUCAAAUGGUUCGAUAUGUGUCCAUUCAUGGUCAAUUCCGGGCUCGGUCCACAGGUUUCGGAGUCCGAUAACACCACAGCUCGAGUCUUAACCGCGAAAACCGGUUCUUGGUACUCAACGAACCAAUUCUUGCUGGCGGUUAUCUUCCGAGAGAGAAUGAAACAUUACGAGUGCUUAACCAACGACUCUUCUCUAGCCUCAGCGACCUAUGUCCCAUACUACGCAGGGUUUGAUGUGAGCCGUCACCUCUGGGGAUACAACAUGACUGUUAGAGACGAAUUGGGGAUGAAACUGGCUCAAUGGCUAAGUGAGAGACCUGAAUGGAGGAAGAUGUACGGUCGAGAUCACUUCUUUGUGACCGGACGGAUCGCUUGGGAUUUCAGGAGGGUUCGCGAUGAAGAUUCAGAUUGGGGAAGCAAACUGAUGCGACUACCCGAAUUCGCAAACAUGACAAUGUUAGCAAUCGAAACGACUGCUUGGGCUAACGAAUUUGCGGUUCCUUAUCCGACUUAUUUCCAUCCAAAGAGCUUAACCGAGAUUUGGAGAUGGCAGAGAAAAGUGAAGAGUGUGAAGAGGAAGUAUUUGUUUUCGUUUGUUGGAGGUCCAAGACCUAAAUUGGAUGGAUCUAUAAGGGGAGAGAUUAUACAGCAGUGCCUUGCAUCUCACGGUAAAUGCAAAUUUCUUAACUGUUUUGUUAAUGACUGCGAUAAUCCGGUUAAGAUAAUGGAGGUGUUUGAAAAAUCGGUUUUCUGUUUACAACCUUCGGGAGAUUCGUAUACUCGGAGAUCGAUAUUCGAUUCGAUUUUGGCCGGUUGUAUACCGGUUUUCUUCAGCCCGGGUUCCGGUUAUAACCAAUAUAUUUGGUAUUUCCCUAAGGAUUAUACCAAGUACUCGGUUUACAUACCAGAGAAAGAAAUGAGAAAUGGAACGGUUACUCUCAAGAAGAUUUUGGGUAUGAUCGAUAAGGAGAGGAUUUUGAGGAUGAGGAAUGUGGUUGCGAAGAUUAUACCGAAAAUCAUAUACACUAAACCGGGGUUGGUUGGACCGGAGAAGAUUGAAGAUGCGUUUGACAUUGCAGUGGAUAGGAUUCUUGAGAGGGUAGCAAUGGUUAAGAGGAUGAUGGAAGAAGGGAAAGAUAUUCAGAGUGAGUAUUAUUCACAGACAAAGGAUUUGAAAAAACUUGAGAUUAUAUGAAAAAGUGCUAAUUAAGACAUUGUUUAUGAAUGCACAGUCAGUAUUUAUAGCAUGUUGAAUCACAUUUCAGAUGCA